AAUCACCAGUCUGUUCAUCUUUAAACAUGUCGUCAUGUGUUUGUUUUGUCUUCCAGCUAUUUGACCGAAAGCAGUACAGGGGUUUUGGUGGUGAGCUGAUGAGGCCUGCAGUCUGUUCUCUCAUUGAGAACAUGGCCCUCUCCAUGAUGCCGUUCAGGGGACCCGUCAUCACUGGCUGGCAGUGGCUGAUAGACGACACCUUGAAGAGCCUCCACCUCAUCUCACCUGGACCGAGGGACGGUAUCAAGGAGGCAGCAGUGUCCGCCCUGGCAGCUCUGUGUGAGCAGUACUACCAGCCCCAGCCAGGCGUGGCUGACCCCCAGAUGCAGGAGGUCCUGGUGUCCCAGUAUAUAGCAGGGUUAAAGAGUACGGAGGUAUUGACCCGAUGUGGCAGUGCACUGGCCCUGAGUUCUCUACCAAGGUUCAUGAUCCAUGGAAAACUACACCAGAUCCUGGCAGGUCUUCAGCAGAGCUGUAGUCAGAGGGAGGUGUGCUUCACAGAGGCCAGGAGAGAUGCUGCCAAGGCCAUGGCACAGGUGUGUGUGACAGCGGGGGUAUCAGCCCAGGGUGGUUCUGAUUCUGUGGUGUGUGAGGGGAAUGUGUCCACUGUCUACAGAGCUCUGCUGGACUGUAUGACUGACUACACACUGGACAGCAGAGGAGACGUAGGAGCCUGGGUGAGAGAGGCAGCCAUGACCAGCCUGAUGGAGGUGACUCUGUGUGUGGUGGGCACCGCUCCACAACUACUCUCACCGGGCCUGGUGAAUGGUAUGAUGUGUAGCUUGGCCCAGCAGUCAGCAGAGAAGAUCGACCGCUACAGAGCCCAUGCUGGAUCAGUGUUCGUCAGGCUCCUCCAUAGUAACAACCCUGCAGUACCUCACAUCCCCCACCGAGAGGAGCUGCUCGCCAUCUUCCCUACUGAAGGGACAGAGGGUCUGAACUGGAACGCUCCGUCUCAGGCCUUCCCCCACAUCACCCAGCUGCUCCGACUGCCCCAAUACCAGUACCACACACUGCUGGGGUUGACCGUGUCUGUAGGAGGACUGACUGAGUCUACGGUGCGUUUCUCCUCCCAGUCUCUGUUCGACCACCUGAUGCUGAUUCAGCAGGAUGCAGCAGCACUGGGACAGUUUAGUGAGGCACUGCUGCAUGUCUUCAGAGACAACCUGAGAAAUGACAGGGUGUCUAUCCCCUUCCUGAAGAUGCUGGACCAGAUGCUGGCUAGAGCCUGUUUUGACACCUUCACUACAGACCAGGAUCAUCAGUUCUGUGUGGACUUGUUGUCUCUCUGUAAGGAAGAGAUUAAGAAGUCCAAGGACACUCAGAAGCUCCGCUCCGCCAUCGCUGUGUUCUGUGGUCUGAUCCAGUUCCAGGGAGAGGUCCGUAAGAAGGUUCUGUUCCAGCUGCUGCUGCUCCUCUGUCACCCCUUCCCUGUGAUCAGGAAGACCACAGCCAGCCAGGUGUACGAGAUGCUGCUGACCUACGACGAUGUCAUCGACCCUGACGUGAUGGAUGAUGUCAUGACGUCGCUGAGUGACACCAACUGGGAGGAGGACGUCGCCACGGUGAGGACCCACAGAAACCAGCUCUGUGAUUGGCUAGGAGUACAGAAGCCCCAGCUCGUUGCCAAGGGUCCUGUCCAGUAGGCCCGGGGGAAACUAUUCUCAGCAGGAACUAAAGAACUGUAGCACAGGAUCCUUCAGGAUGGCAUUCUGUGUGACGCAUCACAAAGUACAGCCGCACUUCUAAAAGGUCACAGCCUUCAGUGAUGUUCCAAGACCCACACACUUUGCUGCAGUACAUUCUAAUUGGUGUGCUAGUAUGGUCAUGAAAUGUAUGGUCGUCUGGGAUUCGUCUGUCUGUCUGUCUGUCUGUCUGUCUGUCUGUCUGUCUGUCUGUCUGUCUGUCUGUCUGUCUGUCUGUCUGUCUGUCUGUCUGUCUGUCUGUCUGUCUGUCUGUCUGUCUGUCUGUCUGUCUGUCUGUCUGUCUGUCUGUCUGUCUGUCUACUGAAAAAGUUUAAAAAAAGAACAAAAACAAUCUGUCAAUAAACAAACAGAAACUGCA